AUGUCAGCUCCGCCUGUUAAACAAAAAGAGCUGCCCCGGUCACAGUAUGACCUGAAUACGUACUGGGGCCGUGUCCAGCACGCAGCUGGUCUCUGUGACCCAAGAAUGGCAUUUGCCUCUAGGGCUCGUUUACAGGAGGCCAAACAGCUGGUCUCUUCGUACAGACAUGGCCAUAUCCCGACCAUCACACCGGACGUGUGGGCGGCGAAACUCCUGCUUGAUUCUACUUUGCAUCCCGACACCGGCGAGCCUGUCUUCUUGCCCUUUCGGAUGUCCUGCUAUGCACUAUCGAACCUCGUCGUUAAUGCGGGCAUGCUGACACCUGGCUUGUCGAGAAACGGAAUAAUCUUCUGGCAAAUCAUGAACCAGUCCCUAAACGUGGCUAUCAACAACGCAAACGCCAACAAAUCCAGUCCACUCCCAUACUCGACAAUCGCAAAAUCAUACAUCGCUGCAGUAUCCAGGGUCUUAUCCCGUCUGACUCCAUUCGCAGCCGUCACCAGUGCCAGUGCCCUGAAUGUCCUCCUUAUGCGCAGCGACGAGGUCCGUCAGGGUAUCCACAUUUAUCCUCUUCGUUCACAGCAUUCAGAGCCAGAGGAGUCAAUACAACCUCUGGGCAAGAGUCAACGCGCGGCAUGGAUUGCGGUUAGUGAGACUGCCGUUAGCCGGAUUCUUAAUGCAGCGCCUGUCAUGGUGAUUCCGCCGUUGGUUCUCCUGAGGAUUGAGCGGCUUGCAUUGUUAAGAACCUAUCCAUUUCUCCUUCUCCCUGUGAAUUUGGGUCUCAUUUUCUCGACGUCCCUGAUGGUUUUGCCUCUGGCGAUAGCGGUGUUUCCGCAGCGGCAGGUUGUUGACGUUGGCAAAUUAGAGCCGGAAUUCUGGCAUAGGGCUGGACAUGAGGAGCAGGUAGAAUUCAAUCGCGGAGUAUAA